AACAAGACAAAGUCUAUGUCAGAGCCGUCGUCACCUGAAGUGAAGAUGGAAGUUACGGAAGAUAAAGAUGAUGAGGCUUAUGGGCGAAGUGGCCUGAUGUCACUUCCUGAAAGCAUUUUCAGUAAAACUGAAGAAGACAGGAGAGCUGGACAGUGCGGCAGACAGAGAAAGGUGGUAAUGACUGGACUCAGUGGAUCUUUGUUUACAACCAGGGGAAAGUUACAGUUGCCGGUCAUCAACUCAAAUGUGUUUAAAAAUUCCGAGGCGGGGGGACAACGUUAUGACCAGAAGUCUGUUCUUCUGCAUGUGGUCCCUUCUUUUGGCCAAGUUGGGGCUUCAAUCAUCCCUAGCUCGGCCUCAUUACCAAAUACUGCCCAGUCAGCAUCUACCAGUCUUUCAAAGCCAGUUUCAAAUGCCUCGUCUGUCAUUUCGUCUUCAUUGUCUGCAGCCUCAUCUUUAUCCCAUCUCACAUCUUCAAAUGACACAGUGACUUUGACUAACAUGCAAGCUAGGCUGUUUCAGAUGCUUCUGAAAAAAUACAACAUUGAUCCAUCUAAUGAAGUUGCCACAACUUCCAGCAUUAGCCCUCUUCAUUCAACCACCCUAUCAUCAGCACCUCUGAAGCGGGCAUCUCCAAUAACCUCGCCUCUAACAACAUCACGAUCUGUCCCAUCUCCCUUCCAGACACAGGGAACACUGUUCUACAGCCAGGCAGGCGUCCAGAUUUCUGAAGGGAGUUCUGCGGGCAACCGUGGGCAAGCUACAGAACGCAACGGGUCCCCAAACACCUUUAAUCAGCAGAUACCUCUAUACCAGCAUCAGCUUGUGGCGGUGUUUGGGAAUAACCACAGACACCUCACACAAAAUGGAGCUCCUUUGGAGAGUGAUGAUAGUAAAGCUUUGGAGUCUCCUCUAAACUUGUCCACAUCUGGCAGACAGGAUGCCAGUGAUGGCAGAAGUGCCAUUUCAUCCCAAGUGCAGGCUGAAGUUUCU